GUUUAUACCAGGAAUCAUAUCGCCUUUAAUCUACAGUUCUAUUUUAACAUCAAAUGUAUGAGAAACCAUAUAACGCAUGGUUUUGGAUUUUUACAAUACUUGCAUCUACCGAAAUAUUUUCGGGUGUAUGUUUUUUGAUAUUUGGUACUGGUGAAGUUCAAAAUUGGAAUGAAGGGAAAAAGAAAACUGAAAAUGUAACGAAGGUUGAAGAAACUGGAAAACUUAUGGAAAUAAAAGAGUAACUUGAUAGACCUGACCUACCAUUUGUGGACAUGGUUUUUUUACGGUAAACUCUUAGCAAAUUUAACAAAUUUUUGAAGGUACCAAAAAGUAGUACUUUUGCCGUAUUAUUUAAUGAUUUAAAUCAAAACCCUAUUGCUAAAAACGAUGAAGUGAUUGAUAUCUAUUUGUUUUAUAACAUUCAAAGACCGGAAACAGAAGUUGAGGUUGAGAAAUUUAAUAAAAAACCACUGCAAAUGAAAUAAGACUAACAAAAUCGAUGAAAUGACAAAGAACAAACGUAAAUCUUGUGUUUUAGCAUAAAAUUGUAUGUAACUUUUACAUAUUUUAUUUCUUUACUUUAUUGAGAACGAAGUUUUCACAGCCGCCAAGAGUGUGCCGUAAAAAACCUAAUCUAAUUUUUUUCAAGCAGGAGUACUAGCCUAUAUAAAGUAUUUGUUUAAAUAUCCGUAAUUGUGUGUUUUAUUUGGACGAUAUUUAGAAAUUUCGAAAAUUUUUCUAUUUGACCUUCUAUUAUCCGAUAGGUUUAGUUAGAAUCAAUAGGUUCACUGGCAUUUUGAAGCCGCCUACAUUGUUAUGUUUACGGGAAAACUUAUGUUUACAUAAAUAAAGGUUUCAAUCAAAGGUUGUUUAUUGUUACAUACGGGGAAUUUCCUCUAUUUAAUGGACCGGGCGCUGAUGGAGCGUGUAAAAUAUGCGAACUGCAUUUUGUCUAUUGAUAUAUUGACAUAUGAUAUAUCAGAAAAGCUUAUAGAUUAUUAUUCUGGAUGUUGCCAGAAACCCUAUU